CGGCGCCCGAGCCUGGGGGAGGGGGAGGGAGGCGAGACCGGCCUUUUUGUUCCCUCACGCGAGGAGGCCGAGGCAGCCGCGGGCUGAGCCCCGGGAAGGAAACGCCUCUCCGGCAGCGCUCCGCCUGAUGUGGCCAGGCGUUCCGCUCCGAGCGCGGCUGUCGAUGGGGCCGGCGGGAUGGAAACGGCGCCUCGGAAGCCCAAAGUCGCCCGCCUGGGCGGCCGCGGGCAUCGGGGACAAAGCGCGGCGGUGGCGCUUGGCUCCUUCAGCAGACGGCGGGCCGCCUGGGCUCUGGGAAAGGCGGGGCAGCGGGAGCCCGGCCGUCGGAAGCGCCUCCGACUCGAUGGGUGCGGGCUGCCCCCAAAGGAGAGUCGGGCGGAGGGGAAUGGAACUUUAUUGUCACUUUAAAUGUACGUUAAUCAGCACACACUAAAAUGAAAAUUCAUUACCUUCAGCUCUCAAAGAAGAGCCCUGAUGCAGAUCCCCCCCCCAUGCACGUGCGCGCGCACACACACACACAAACGUGACACGCGGAAACCUCACAGUCUAGUUCCACUGUAUACAGAGACGAAGUGGGGGUGGGGGCGGGGGUUGAGGAGAAUCCUGCAAAUUGACAAGAGGGAGGGCAUAAGGAACAAAGCUGUUACUGAACCUCAUAAUCCUGCUAUAAAUACUUCAAAACCUCCUCCCAGAGGGGAGCAACAGAAACAGACACUUGCCAGAUUUUGUACUAGCUGACAUUUCAGGAUGUCCCCCACCCCAAAACCAAGAGUCCUCUAAUGUGGAGGCAGAAAUGUGGCAGAUGUGGGCCCCCUUGCAUUGGCAUUGGGAUGCUGUGGCCAGUGCCAAGCAAAAGAGCUGCCGGGAUGGCAGUCCGGUCUUUCCAGGCCCACUUCCAUGGGGCAGACCAGGCUUUGUGUGACUGCUAGAGAAUGAUUGUGUUGUCCAGUCAGUUGCUUUUACUCUGUCAGUUGUGGAUGCAGUGAGUUUGCCUUUCUGCUUCUUAGUGGAAAGUGUUGCCCUGAUCCAGAGAGAUGCUGCACCUGAAACGGGACCAGUGGGCAAUGGGUGGGCAGUGGCAUAGUGUCCCCCACUUGCAUUCCAGGAUUUGAAGACAUGCUGGAGGAAGCAGUUUUGCCAAGCAAGCUCUGAUGGUGUGGGAGGCAGUUGUUCUCAGGCCAUUUUUUCCAUCAAAACGUUCAGUUGGUUCAGCUGCCUCAAGAACUGUGGCCAGGAUCUGGUGGAGAAUCUGAAAGAGUUGUAGGGGCCGCAGCUGCAAGGAUGCCGUCUUUCCAGCCUCUGCAGCUACCCCACAUCUGGGACCUUGGCCUGGAGGGGAUGUUCCUCAAUGACGUGCUCUACAAGAAGGCCACCUUCCUCAACCUGGUGGACCCCAUCUCCCAUGACCUCCUGAUGAGCCUGGCCAUGGACCUGCAGUGCCCCAAAAAGGAAUAUGAUCCGUGGAAAUCCUCCGACCGGAUCUGCCGGCAACUGAUCUACCACUUGAGUCCACAUUCCAAAUGGCAUCAAUCUGGGCUGCCCCAUCGCAAAUCCCACAGCAGGUUUUCUGGAGCAGCCAUCCUUCUGGAGCACCUUCCUCUCUUUUCCUUCUUCUCCUUUAGUCUGAAGAGCAGCCUGCAGAAGAAGCUCAGCCAGGAAGCCAUCCAUCUCUCCGGGGUCCCUCUCUCCCCACGCGACAUCCAGCAUCUGGCCAGCUACCUGCAGGACAGUGGGGACCACCUUCUCACCGUCGACCUGAGUUUCACCGACCUGAAGGAUGAGGAGAUGCGCUUCCUGAUGCCUUUCCUGCGGUCGCUGCCCAGCCUCACCCACCUGUCCCUCAAUGGGAAUCACUUGACCCGAGCCACUGUGAAGGACCUCACCGACACCAUGAAGGACAUGGCCAAAUUUCCCUCCUUAGCCUGGAUCGAUCUGGGCAACAACGUGGAUGUCUCCUCCAUGCCGCAGCCUCUGCUUGUUGGCCUACGGAAGCGACUCAGCCAGCAGACCACGCUGCCCACCAUUUACGAAUCCUUGGGCUGCACUUCCGAGGCAUCCAGCGAGCCUGAGACCAGCCUGCUGGAGGAGGAGGAGGAAGAUUUGCAAGGGGAAGAGGAGAUCCCGCCAGUGGCCAAGCACCGCUUCCACCAGCUGUCAUGUGAAAGGUGACUGGAGGUGGAGGUAUCCUCUGGAAGACUGAAACCACCGCAGUGGAAGCUCUGAUGGAAGAGAUGCCGCACCAGGCCUCACCUGCCCACUUCCUUGAGCCCUUCCUAACUUUUCUGACUUGCUCCCUUUGCCCCGUCCUCUUCCUCCUAGCCGGGUUUUCUCACAUACACCAAAUCAGGCCAGUUACUUACCAUGAUGCCACAAAAGGAGACCAUCCGGAGAUGCAGGGGGUGGCUGUUGUGGGGAGGCGCAUGGAGCAAGCCAGCCCUGGGCCCAUCCUUUCCCAGCUGUGCUGGGUCCACAGGCCCAGAGAGCCGUGAGAGAAUGACAUGGAAAGACUGAAUGGAGGCCGAGACAGCACCAGGAUGGCACAGCUUGCCUCCUCCCCCUCCUCCCCUCUGAACAAAGGGUGGCGGAAUGUGAGGCAUGCCGGUGUCUGCAGCCCAGACAUGUGACUGAUGGCACUGCAGGAACUCAAGGGCAGCUGGACGUGGGUUGUGCAGGUGUUUGUCGGGGGGGGGGGGCUGUUUGAAACAUCCCCUUCCCCCGUGUGUUUCUGCUCUUCGUGGACGUCUGCAUUCAAAGGCCUCUGUGCUUUCUGCUAUCGGGCUGGGUUGGGAGCUCUGCUUUAUGCCCAGGAGGAAACAGUAACCUGGGCAAGCCCAGUUCAGCAGAAAUACCUUGGGGUGUGUGAUUUGUGAUAGUAAAUGACUUUCAUGGAGGGGAUGAAAACAUUGUUCAGCACUUUGUUGGGCAAUUAUUUGGCAGAGCUGCAGAAGCCUUGUGUUCUCUAGAAACUCCUGUUGAGAUGUUCCCAACCUGUUUCUUCAUACUGGGUGUUCCCUCCUUUUGCCACCAUUUCAUUCAAAAGGAAGAAUGUGCACAUUUUCAACUGGGCCUUGGUGCCAGGAGAGCUUUUCUCAUCCAUCUAGUACAAGGAUGCUUGGAUUUAACAUCUCUUGCAAGGAAGACCAGCAACCUUCCUUCAUGGAGAAAGGAGAAAUUGGCUCUCCUCCAUUUAAUAAUAGAAAAAAGCCUCCCCCCCAUAAUCAAUCUGGGGUAUAUUAGACACAAGUGGGCUUGCAAAAUGCAUCAUUCAAUUAGAGAUUAAUAUCUGUGGCUCAGACUCAAGAGAGAAAACGGGACACUCUGAAGAAUCUUUUAAGACAAAAUGAACUCCCAGAGAACUUGGGCCAUGUGAUGAGGAUUCAAAGCACCCUUUCUGCUCCUGGUUGGUUUCAUUACAAAGUGUGGCCAUUUAUGCACACCUUUGGGGUUCCUUCCACACAAGCCCCCUUUUGGAAUCCAUAUCCUGUAGAUAAAAAACUUUUAUGAUGCAAAUAAAGUCUCUCUCCCCCUCAAAAAUGCAAUUUUCUAAGCCUUGGGCAGCCAUUCUUGAACACCUGAAAGGCUUAUUAGAAGUCUCUGAUAAUAAUUUAAGAGAUUGGAUAACCAUCUGUCCGAAAUGGUAUAGGGCUUCCUGCCUGAACAAAGAGUUAAGACUAGAAGGCCUCCAAGGUCCCUUCCAACUAUGUUAUUCUGUUAUAACCAAAGCUAAGAGUUCUGCUUGUAAGACUUGCAGAUUCCCAAUUAAGAGGUUGGGAGACCUGCAGGCAGCAGAGGAAAGAUGGUCAAAAUGAAUUGAACAUGCAGGAGCGCUGGUCAUCUUCAGAGAGAGGCAAACUUUCUUUUCUCAAUUUGUAAUAUGAUACGCUCCCUUAAAAUGAAAUACCCUAUUCUGGUCUAAAAGGUUUUAUAACCUCUGAGACCAAACCAAGCACUUCAUCCUCUACUUAUCUCUCCAAACCAUGCUCAAAGAUAACUAAAAUUUUAGAAGCAUACAAGUGAACACAAAAAUACUUGCUAGAUAAACCUUUUAAAGUUUUAUUCUGCAUUUUGCAAAGAUUGGAAGAAAAAAAAUCAAUUCUUACAUUAAGGAAGCACUAAUGAGAGGUCUUAUACCUUACCAUGAUUUAGAUUUUAUGGAUCAGUCUGUUUUUAUUUUAUGCAUUACCCAGAGAUCUGAGUUUACUGAUUAAUCAAAAGUACAAUAAAUUAUUUUAAA